AUGCAAACGGUGUUGGUCUCUGCUCUCUGCAGCGGCGCGUUCGCGCUGCCGGCGUGGCUGCUUCUGGCCCUGGGUGGCCUCUUCACUGGGGUGUUUCUCUUCCUGCCGUGGUCUGCGAGCCCCGCACAUAUUGCAUUUAUAGUUGUAUCCGUUCUGAUUGGCUUCGCCUUCGCGGUGCUACAUUGGCGAUUGUCCCCGAGACGGGUGACACCAUCAGUGCAUGAUAGAGACGUUAUGGACCCCGGUCUGGACAGCAGCGUUGCCCACCUCCCACAGCACCUUCCGCUCACUAGAGACCCUGAUGAUUCCUGCUUUCCUGUUUCGCCUUGGACCAAGCGGUGCCGUAAUGUGCUACCUGUUCUAGAGCUGUUGAUAUUAGGCAUUCUCGUGCUCGUUUCUCCGCACGUGAUGAGUGGUGACACGACUGGAGGAGUGAUCACCGUGGCGGUGCGUGCCGACAGUGUUUCCAGUGAGCUCGUGUACCCAGUAGAAAUUGCAUGGAAGGUAUGCUUCCUGCAUCUAUGGUUUUUGCUAACCUUUAGUGUCUCCUUUGCGGCGGACCUUGUCACAGGCUUGUUGCACUUUGCAGUGCUGAUGGCACAUUAUCAAAACUUGGGCGGUGUUACGAUGAUGGUGUCGGCAAUGUGGCUUGCACUGCCUGUUCUUUGCAUCGCCUGCGUCGCCGCACAGCAUCAGAGACGACUGCAGUGCCAGCGACACAGGGAUGCCGAUAUGUGGCAGGUAGGCGGCGACGCGCCUAUUCGAUGCAACGGCUACCGCAACGCUGCAAACAUGCUUGACGACAUUGAAUGCCUCUCUCCACCUGGAGACAUUGCUCUGCAACAGCGCACCACAACCUUGUUGGACCGGCAUACGAUGAAGUCUCCGUCCUCCCUGGAGGGACAUAAUUACUUCGCGACCGUGCCAACAUCUGUGAUCGCGCGCCGUUGGCGAAAACAGUUUGCUGGAAAGGACACUCAACGUACUGAGCCACUCGUAUCGGAUGUGCUGCAAAAUAAAAGGACAAUAAGUCCUUUCUCGGACGACCUUCGGGCACCGUAUCUUCUUAUAAACUCGGGUAGUAACAUAAUCGUGAGUGCUAGUGUGAGUUUUGCGGCGCGUGUGCGCAUCGCCGUCGAGAACCUCGUAGGCCGUCCGUUGACUGCUAUUCUGAAGGAACUCGAGGUAGAAAAUGUGAGUGGGCUGAUGGAAGUUAUUCGCUCGGUCGUUCAUCCUGCUGGUAAUGACGGUCUGGGGGGGACUGAGAGGGGCCCACGGGGCAGGAGAGAAGCGCGUCGCUCCGCGUCACCGGAAUUGUCACUAGAUGCGGGGGCAAUAUUAGAAGGAGACGGAGGUGAUUACUCAACGGUACAGGGUCGUGCUUCACUGUCACGCAUGGGUGAUGAUAAUGUGAGUCGUGUUGUUCUGCGUGGUCGAUGUCCACGCGAUGCUCAAGAUUUGCAACCUGUGGGAGAUGCCCUCCCUGCUGCACGGGGAUGUCGAAGUGGUAGUCGCAACAGUUCCCCUGCGCCAGAACUGGACGCCACGCGAUCAGCUCUCUUCUCCAUCACAUUGGAUGUGUGGAUGGAGUGGCGGCGUGGCUCCACUGAUUCAUUUAUUGUUCUCCGCCAGCCACGCUUACACUGCGCACUUGACUGGACGCCACUUUCGUGUUUCCUUGCCCAACCCAUGACAGGGCAAGUGCUGUACUGGAAUCCUGCAGCAGAGCAGCAGACUGGACUGUUGGCGUACGACAUGAUAGGCUGGCCAGUGCACGCUUCCCCUCUUCCCGGCACGUCGGAAGCGCAGAGUGACUAUGAUCACAACAUCCACUGCGAUGGGACACGCGACGCAGAAUGGUUAGAGCAACGGAGAGGGCGGUGGUCGCGGCUGGAGUCGCCAUUGCGGGCAUUGGUGCACAUCCCGUCCUCUGUGGCGGCUCCACUGGUGGUGACGCUGCAGCCUCUCACUGGCGAGUUCAUGGACGACGAAGGCGCCGCGUUGGACGGUGACGUGGCAGGCCUUAUGUGGCCGCCGCGACACUACACGAAGGCGGAGGUGCUCGUUUCGGAGGGACGCCGGGCGGCGAGCUAUCCACCCGAGGCGAGGGAGUACCGUCUUGGGGGUAACGUGACGCCAAUUAAGAUGCAUUGUGUAUUGGGUGACUCUCCUCCAACACACUCCAGUGACGUCAAUGGAAUACGGUCGGUGACGGCGUGGAAUUUCGGCUCUUUGGUGGCCAACAGAAGCGAUGCGGGUGCGUGGCCCAUCGCGGGUGUCCCUUUGUUGUUUGUUAUACAAGAUGAGAUGCACUCAUCACCCAGUUCCACCUCCAAUCACCAUGUGGCGCAACUGCAAAACUCUAUGCAUGCCAUUAGCGAGUUUCUGCAGAAAUAUCGAGACACCCUGGGUGAUGAUUUCUUUGUUGGGGCGAAACCAGACUCUUCUUCAACGAAGUUGAACGGGGAGGUGACUUCCUCUAACACCGCCGGACAGCUGCAAAAAUUGAAAGAGGCUAUGAACCAGGUGGCACAGGCGAUUGACGUCAUUCAAGAGGCACAGGGGACAUCGGCACCAAGCAGAAAAAGCAAUGAAGCUAAAACCAACGAUGAUAUUGACGGCAACACUAAUAAUAAUAAUGCUGCUGCUGCUGCUGAUGAUGAUGAUGAUAAUGCCGGUGACGAUGAGGUAUUCAGAGCUGCAGUGGAUGGUAGGUCAAAAGUGCCGCCAACGUCGGGGGUGCCCGCGCUGGGGCUGACGCCUACACCGCAGUCAGCGCAAACAUCCCAUCUCACCAGCAAACGUCCGUCACCACUGCUUGUUGAUAACCCCGGCGUUGCAAGCAGAGAGGAAGAGGUGAAAGAGCACGCACUCAUCAAUGAUGGUGGUGUUGGUGGUGUCAAUGACGAGGAUAGGGAGCGAGGUAGUAAGGCCCGUGGACCAAGUGGCAGUGGUGGUGGUGGUCUUGCUGGCAGUAGCAACACAAGUCACCUGCGCAAGACGGGCACCCCAUCGGGUGGCCGUAGCCGAAGCAUGACAAAGAACACGUCGGCGCCGCGGCUCAUCAGUCCGUUGCCGAUGGAACACUCGAAUAUGAAAACGAACGAUGAGGUGAACGUGAUUGACGAGACAGUGAUGCAAGAGGAAAAUGCUUCUGGGGACCCUGCGUGCUCGGCUCACCACCACACGCAUAAUUCUCCACGUCUACAGCAACCUGCAGCGAGUAUUAUUGCGACGCUUUCUGCAGCAAACUCAGCUGCGCCCAGUGACUUUGUUGCUUCCCCAACUGUCAACAACAGUCUCAACAACGAGGAGCCACCGAUAUGGGCGAUGCUUCGGAGUAGUGACGAGGCGACCAUUCCAUCGUGUUUCAUUCGCGUGGCUUCUGGUGAGGCAUUCCGCUUCGGUCGCAGCAGUAAGUGCCACGCCACAACAUCCGAUACAUUUGUGAGUAGUAUUCAAUUCACUAUUGUGCGACAACCAGGCCCACAGCCGCAGUUCGUGCAGCCUAGCAUCCGCCAAUAUCGUAGUAAUGGCAGCCCUUCUAGCGGUCAUCGCCAGACAUCAAGCCUCUCAAGCCCGUGCCAUCCUCCCAUCGCAUCUGGAAACUGGAUUGUCCUGCUUCACGACAACAGCGCCAACGGCACGUACGUGAACGUAAAGAAGGUCAACAAGGGAAAAUCAUGCGCGCUGCGUGACCAUGACCUCAUCACGUUUCGUCUGAGUUCUUCUCGGUUCUUCUUGGGUUUCCAGUUUUUGUUGACGGAUGAACGAGGGGUGCCACUGCGAGAAGCGGAGUCGGCUGUCACACCAACACUCUCUCGCAUGGACUCUACAGGUAUGUCAAGACGUGGCACGCCAUAUCUACAUCAGCGCAACUCCUCCGAUAACGGGAGUAUUGCCGCGGCUAGCGGCAGCCAGGUGAGCGGAGCAGCGCAUAACACCAAUAACAACACCAGUGUUGGUAGUAGCCGACGUGUUGGAACGAACAUGAGGAGCCGCAGCGGUCGACCCGGCGGUGGUACACACCACCGUGAGACCAUUGAGUGGAAAAUUGGUGAGGAAAUGCUUGGCAAGGGUGGAAACGCCGAGGUAUAUCUUGGUAUCAACCUGACGAAUGGAAAACUCAUCGCCGUGAAACGGGUUCUUCUUCCCACUGGGGCAACCGGUGACCCAGCCAGCAAGGACGUGCUGCAGCAGUACAGAAGCCUACAAGAAGAGAUUAAUGUACUCUCAAAGGCUGUGCAUCCGAACAUUGUGCAGUACUUCGGAUCUUCGCAAAACCAGAAAUACUUCAAUAUUCUCCUUGAGUUCGUCCCUGGUGGAUCUCUGCGACACUUACUGGACAACUUCGGUGCGCUUGGCCCAGGAGUUAUUUGCUCUUAUUUGCGACAAACACUAGAGGGCCUUCGUUAUCUGCAUCAACAUAACAUUGUUCACUCCGAUGUGAAGGCGGCGAACAUUCUUAUUACCGACAAGGGUCGCGUCAAACUGUCAGACUUUGGUACCGCUAAGCUGCUGAACCGAGGACACAGCCAGUCAGUGGACCGUGCUGGCAAGGCAGAGGCACCUAGCAACUGUGAUGCAGCUACGUAUCGCCUUGCGGGCACACUGAGGUGGAUGGCUCCAGAAUUGUUCCGAGGCGACGGCAACGUUGGGCCUACAAAAGCCAGUGACAUGUGGUCUGUAGGAUGUGCAGUGAUAGAGAUGCUCUCAUCUGAAGGCCCCUGGUACGAAUACGAGUUCGAAAGCGAAGAGCAGAUUAUAAAUCUUCUAAAGUACGCAACUGAACCACCAGAGGUACCUGAAUGCCCUGAGCUACCGGAGUUAACGGCCAUCGCAAAGCGAUGCCUAACACUCAUGCCGGAGGCGCGUCCCACAUGCGAGGAACUCCUGCAGAUGGUGGCGGAAGCGGCAGAACGGUUUCACCAACAGCAGGAGAUAAAGUCACCAUUGCAACGUGGUGCCUCCCUUUCCCCACAGCCAACUGCUCCGCAGCCAUCUGUCACUGCCAUGAGUGGUGAGGCUAGCGAUUCUAUUAAGAAGGAGGCUUAA